CGCGCCUGCUCAUUGGCUGCAAUAAAAACACUCCAUCAGAUAGUCUGAGGGCUGUAAAACGUUUCAGACUUAUGAAAUAUCACAGCCAAGAUAUUAUUGCCGAGGUUUAAGUAUGGACUUCAAAGGGGUGCUUGUGAAAAUCUUCGCCCUAGAUCGGGAAAUAGUAUUGUGCGCUGCAGGCACAGCAGUUGCUCUGCUCGGACUCGGUCUAGUAUAUAAAUAUAACGUUAGGCGUCCAGAGAAAAAGUUCACUCGAGUGGGAGUUGUUACUCAACUGUUGCUUCAUCCUAUGAAGUCCGGGAAAGCAGUGCUGGUGGAGACAGCAGAGUGUCUGAGAAUGGGGCUGAAAUAUGGCCAGCUGCGGGAUCGGCACUGGCUGGUCAUCACGGAGGACGGACACAUGGUGACGGCCAGACAGCAGCCGCGUCUGGUGCUGGUGUCUUUGAGCUGUGAAGACGGCCAGCUGUGUCUCAGUGGACCGCAGAUGGAGGAGCUGAGGGUUCCUCUUCAGCAGUCCAGUAAUGCAGUUGUGGACUGCAGAGUCUUCAGCAGAGACGUUCAGGGCAGGGACUGUGGGGACGAGGUGUCUAACUGGCUCACACGAUACCUGGAAUCUGACAAGACUGUUCGUCUGGUGCAUUAUGAACCUCAUCUGAAGGCCCAAAGGCCUUCUGAGAAAGAUCCCCUCUUUCCUGAGGACGAAAAGGUGGCCUAUCCUGAUGCUGCUCCCAUCAUGCUGAUGUCAGAGGCCUCUGUUAGGGACCUGAAUACCCGGCUGGAUAAAGAUGUUACUGUCUUUCAGUUUCGUCCCAGUAUUGUUGUCAGUGACUGUGAGGCUUUCACAGAGGACACAUGGGAUCAUAUUCAGAUUGGUCAAGUGGAGUUGAAGAGAGUCGUUGGCUGUGGAAGAUGUGUUUUAACCACUGUUGACCCCGAGACUGGAAUCAUCACCAGGAAAGAACCACUGGACACUCUCAAAGCCUAUCGACUGACUGACCCUAAGCAGAAAACUGCGCCAAUAUUGGGACAGUACUACAUCGUCAAGAAAACGGGUGUCCUUCAUGUGGGUGAACCUGUUUAUAAGAUCAGCUAUUGAAAUGGCCAGACUGGAUGAAUGGAGAACCUUAUUUUAAAUCUAGUGACUAAUUUGCAAGCAUCAUUGCUUACAAACACCGCUUCUAAUGCUUCAAUGAAUCAAUAUUCUUUUCAUAAAAGUUUAAUUUGAAGAAGAAAAAUAAAAUAAUAUAUACAUUU